CAUUGAACCGUGAGUACCCAACACAACGAAGCCCACCAUGGACGACGAUUACACCAUGGAGGAUGACGCUGCUCUUCGCCAAUUUAUGCCCGCCUCUUUCGGCAAACAAGAUGCAGGCGUAGACGUCGAGGCGCAAAUCGAACGGUGUCGCAGACCGGUCGUGGAUCCGCGCAAGCAGGCUGCGACGAGCAAGCCGGAUAGCGACAAGGACUCGGACGAUGAUGAUAGCGACGAUGACGACGACGACUAUGAAGACGAAUUUCCAGUCUCGCACGGACUCGUAAUCAAGACACACGAAAAGACGGUGACAACGAUUGCACUGGAUCCAUCGGGAACGCGCCUUGUCACUGGGUCGACUGACUGCACGCUUAAACUACAUGAUCUAUCCGCUAUGACACCUACGACGAUACGCGCCUUCAAGGAGGUGAAUCCUUUUGUUACAAAGGCCUCCCAGACUGCCGAAUCACACUCGAUAUACCAGGUCCUUUUCGGCCCUCACUCCGGUGGCCAGUUCCUUGUGAUUACUGCCACAUCGCAGGCGCGCAUCUUCAACAGAGAUGGAGAUCAGAUCAGCGAGUUCAAGAAGGGCGAUAUGUAUUUGAGGGAUAAGCUCAAUACCAAAGGGCAUACUGCGGAGAUCACCAGCGGCGCAUGGCACCCUACGAACCGAGACCUAUUCGUGACGGCAGGGACUGAUAGCACGGUCAGGAUAUGGGAUGUGAACAAUCGCAUGGAGCAGAAGCACGUCAUUGUCCACAAGUCAAAAGCGGCGGGUUCAGCUGGAAUGACACGGAUGACCGCAAUAGCGUGGGGCACGGCACCUGAAGGACAGAACGGGCUCAUUGUUUCUGCAGCCUUGGAUGGAAGUCUGGUGAUGUGGAAUGGUGAAGGACCGUUCCAUCGUCCAGCAGGUGAAAUUCGGGACGCCCAUGCGAAGGAUACCUGGACAAGCGGUCUCGACAUUAGUUCCGAUGGUAGGUUGGUGAUCACUCGCGGUGGUGACGACACCAUCAAGCUAUGGGAUACUCGCAAAUUCAAGGCACCCAUCAACACAGUCGCGCAUCCUUCAACAUCAUUCCAAUAUCCGACAUCGAACAUCCAGUUCGCACCCAACAUGCAGAGCGUAAUCACCGGAUCUGAGACAGGCGAUUUGCACAUCCUCAAUCCUGCUACCCUACGACCCGAGCUUGUCACUCCCGUUACACCUGGAUCUCCACUAGUCACAGUGAACUGGCAUCCCAAACUCAACCAGAUUAUCACCGGAUCAGCCAACGGCCAAACUACGAUUCUGUUCAACCCCAAGCUCUCCUCACACGGUGCCCUGACCAUCCUCAGUAAAGCCCCCAAGAAGCGCCAUCUUGAUGAUGAUCCCAGCUUGACUACUGAUAUGGAUCCUCUCGGCAUGGCAGGAGAAGCUGUCGCUGGAGGCGGCGGCGGUCCUCAGCCAGGCUCCUUUGCCGCGCGCCACCCUACAAUUGGCCUGACAGCAUCAGGAAAAUCUAGAGACCCUAGGAGACCACACAUUCCCGCGACUACACCUUUCGCCAAAACAACACCUGACGAGAGACAUAUCAAGGAAAGCAUCCCGCUCAGUAGUAUGCGUGAUGAAGAUCCAGUCGAGGCCUUGCUUAAGUAUGCACCAAAAGAAGGUGAGAAGAAGCUAUUCACGGGUGUUUACGACCAGACCCAGCCAAAGACGAUAUACAAGGAGUACGACAGUGACGAAGAUGAGCCGAGUAGCAAGCGCCCCAGGCGUUGAAAGCUUGUAGCCCAAAAGUUUGCAUUGUUGGAGUUAAAGACCAGUUACUAGAUCAUAUACCCAUAAAUUACUUCAUCUUUCGAACAGAGCCCAAUGACGGUUCCCUGUAAUGUUUGAAAAUUGACCAAUUGCAU